AUGACGGUUCGAGAACUUGAGCGGGUUGGUUCGUCCAUUAAGAUGAGCAUAACCCAAAGUCGCCAAUUAUUUUUUGAAACACUGAGCAGAGUAGCUCAAGAAGCAGGAAGAAAGGAGUACAUAAAAGUACAACAGGAAAAGAGGCAACUAAAAGCUAAAAUACAACAACCUGCAUUGCAAGGGAUUCUGGGCAGGCUGUCGAGAGAAGUUCCAUCAUCUAGUAGCUCUGGCAUUGAUAACUUAUCACCACCUAGAGAUCCAGAGGAUUACCAGCAAGGGAGUGAGAGCGAGAGUGGCGAAAGUGAUAGUGGCCAGGAGAGCGAGCCGGUUGAGCCGGUUGAGCCGGUUGUUAUUAACGAAACCGUUAUUGCUGUUGAUGAUCAUUCUCAUGAUGAUCAAGAUCUAUGUGAUCAAUUUAACGAGGCACUUGGCACUGACGCACUGGAUCAAAAUUGGGAGGACCAAGAAGGCCAAGAGGACCAGGAGGCUGGUCAAAAUGCAGAAGGACAAAGGCGAUGGGAUAACGAGAAAGAGCUAGAGAAAGAGCUUGGAAUGCGCUUGUGCCCAUAUGUACCUGAAUUUCACUACAUGGAAAUGGAACCAAGGGAUAGGCCGAUUCGUGAUCUUUGGAAGGAGUGGUUUUAUGGAAACGAAGAAAAACCUUCAAUAUGUCGUAUGGAAAUUGAACAUGGCAGUAGAUGGCGUCCUGGCAAUGCCAAGGCUGCAGUAUAUUUAUUCAAGAAGCGUCUAAUCAACUCCGUUCUUAGAGAAAUGACCAAUGCGGAGCCCAAUCUCACGGUGGAACAACGUAUUUUUUAUGCAUUGGACAGCGUUCAUUUAAAGAUAUCUCAAGCAGGAUCAAUUAAUAAGUAUGAGAAAUCUCUUCCAAAAGGCGCUCCAAAACGCCGCCGAGCUCCUGUACAAGAACCGGACCAGCAAGGUCAGUUAGACCAGCAAGAUCAGUUAGAGCAGCAAGAUCAGUUAGGCCAACAAGAUGCAUAG